CGGGUGAUUACAUUUUCAAUAUCAUCUCCUAGAUGGCGCGGUAUGUCUAUUUCCUUCGCGGUCGGUAUGCAAGUUUCCUGAAUUAACUCUUUUGAAACAUGGCAGUUCCAUGUGCACGUUGACGAUAAUCGAAUUUUCGUGAUCGUGUGUAAAUUUCCCAAAAAGUCGUUGCGAUAGAGUUAUUGUGAUUGAAAAUGAAGUUGAACGUUUCGUAUCCAGCCACCGGCUGCCAAAAACUGUUCGAAGUAGUCGACGAACAUAAGAUCAGGAUCUUCUAUGAAAAACGCAUGGGCCAGGAAGUGGAGGCCGACCUUCUGGGCGACGAAUGGAAGGGCUACAUCCUGAAAAUCGCUGGCGGAAACGACAAGCAAGGCUUCCCCAUGAAGCAGGGAGUCCUCACCAACUCCCGAGUCCGACUUUUGCUCUCCAAAGGCCACUCUUGCUACAGACCCAGACGUACGGGAGAAAGGAAACGUAAGUCGGUCAGAGGUUGCAUUGUGGAUGGCAACCUCAGCGUUCUGGCUUUGGUGAUCGUUCGCAAGGGUGAGCAGGAGAUCCCUGACCUCACGGAUAAAACCGUGCCCCGCAGACUGGGGCCCAAACGGGCCUCCCGUAUCCGCAAGCUCUUCAACUUGACAAAAGAGGAUGACGUUCGCCAGUAUGUGGUGAAGCGUCCUUUGGAGCCCAAGGAGGGUAAGGAGAGCAAGAAGCAGAGGUUCAAGGCCCCCAAAAUCCAGCGGCUGAUCACUCCUAGUGUGCUUCAGCGCAAGCGCCAUCGUUUGGCACUGAAGAAGAGGCGUUGUCUGAAACGCAAGGAGCAGGGAGAUGCUUAUGCUAAGCUGUUGGCCCAGCGCAAGAAGGAGUCCAAGGCUAGGAGGGAAUUGGUCAAGAGGCGUAGGUCUGCUAGUAUGAGGGACAGCAAGUCCAGCAAUCAGAGUGGGCAGAAGUAAAUUGUAUUUUUUAUAUGUAAGGACAAUGAGAAAUAAACGUUGUUGCUGACAAUUUGGUUUUUCCUUACACAGCUUUUCAUGCAAAGUUUUGACAAAGACUAAUGAUUGACCAUUUAUAUUUCUGAAAUGAUAAUAAAAAUUCUAAUGAUGUAAUACUUUAUUGAUCAUAUGUAAAUGUAAA